AUUUAUCCUCUCUGUGUCAACGGUGUCAGCAGCUGCCAAAAUAAGUAAUCACUAAAUAUUUUUACAUAUCUUUUAAAAAUCUGUACUUAAGAAUGAAAUGUCACGUUUUCUUGUCUCUAAUAGUUCCAGUGUAUUUUUGUACUAUCUAAAAACACACAAAAGGCUUUUUGUCUGGAAAAACCAGGAAAAACGUAGUUAUUUACACGUUAUAGCAAAGUACAGCCGCGGCGAGAGCGCGUGCCCGACUGAAUGCAAGUUUGAUGUUAUUCCAAAUUCCGUUCAGAUUUGCAUUCAAUUCAUAAUUUUGUACAAAAAUAUUCAGUUAAAUUGUAAUAUAUAUAUAUAUUCUACAUCUACAUCUUUCUUCUACUAUAAUACCAAAAUUGUUAUCCUGUCACUCAUUGCGUUUACGACAAAAGUUUACGAUCAUAGAGAAAAGUAAUAUUACUAGAAAUUAUAAUUGUUUACGAUAUUUCGACCCGUCACAUACAAACAGACAGGCAGACGGCAGAGUGGCAGCAAUAGAGUUACGAAGCCUAAAAAGGUUGUGCUUUAGCGGUGCAAAAAAUAAAGCUCAGCGAUGGCAAUGAAAUACCAGGGCUGGCACUAGGCACUUGGCUCGGUAACAAUACUCAGGGUCGUAUUAUCUCAAAAGGGGAUGAAGUAGAAAAAGCUGUACUAAUGGCUAUCGAUCUUGGCUACCGUCACAUAGACACAGCUUACACUUACAAAGUGGAGGAUCAGGUUGGUAGAGCUUUGAGGAUGAAAAUAGAAGGAGGGAUGAAAAGGGAAGACGUAUAUGUCACCACUAAGCUGUGGAACGACCGCCAUGCCAGAGACGCUGUGAUGCCUGCGCUGAGACAAUCCCUGCAAGCUUUGAACUUGAGCUACGUUGAUUUAUACCUAAUACACUGGCCUAUAGGGCAGUUCGCCAACUCGACAUUCGACUACACAGACUACCUGGAAACUUGGCGCGGCAUGACAGAUGCGAAACAGCUCGGCCUUACCAAAUCAAUAGGUGUGUCAAACUUUAACCAGAGUCAGAUUGAAAGGAUAUUGGACAGUGGUUUGGAAACGCCUGCAGUUCUGCAGGUGGAGGUAAAUCUGAACCUCCAGCAGCCUGAACUUCUUUCGUACUGCAAGACUAAAGGCAUAACCGUUAUGGGUUACACACCAUUCGGUUCAUUAUUCCACAAAAAGGCGAGAGGUGAUGCCCCUCCACCACGAAUAGAUGAUUCGCAGUUGUCUACUAUUGCUGCUUACCACAAUAAGACUGUGACGCAAAUUGUUCUACGGUAUCUUACUGAUAUUGGAGUUAUACCGAUACCAAAAGCGUUGUCCUACAAUCAUUUGGCGUCCAAUAUCGACAUAUACGACUUUAACCUGACGGAAACGGAGAGAUCUAUUUUGAAAGCAUUCGAUAAAGGUUAUAGGACUAUUCCGCAACUAAAGUGGAUCGAACAUCCUUAUUAUCCGUUUCAGAAGGCAAAUAGUCAACAAACUGUAAUACAAUAA